AUGAAAAUGACUAGAAGUGAAGUUGUGUAUUUACUCUUGGGAGUCUUGUGCAUUAUUCAAAUAACAAAUGCAGCACCGAUUUCUGAUGUACGCGAUGGAAAUAGUAUUGUUGAUGAAAUCAUAAUGAAAUUGAAGCAAUUGAGACAACAGAACGAAGCUGUGAAAAAUCAUGGAAGAAGCGGACGCCUUGCAUUAUCAAAGAAAGGACAGCUAGAUGCAGAUCACCGAGCAUUAUUGUACAACAUCUACAACCAUCCUUAUGGAGCUCACCUUAUGGAACAACCUAAGCGCAACUUUGAUGAGAUUGAUCGCUUGAGUGACUUUGAAAAGAGAAAUUUCGACGAAAUUGACCGAAUGGGAAGUCUUUAUGAUUUCAAGAAAAGAAACUUUGAUGAAAUUGACAGAAUGGGCGCUCUUACAGACUUUUAA